CAGCUGCUGGAAGCUUCAAUCAUUUUGUGCAGAGCCGCAGAAAUUAAACACACUCCAGUUGUGUUUUUUUUUUUCCAGCUGAGUUUAAUGUUGUGAUGAAGGUGUGAGGAUGAGGAGCGGCCUCUCAAACUGAAGCAUGAUCUCUCUUUGUCAAAAUCAUAAGAGGCGCCUUUUCUCUGCAGAAACACUGUGAACUGCUCCAGCAGGAUUUUAAACCUCUGUCUUUGACUCGCAGUGAUUCUCGUCCAUUGAUCAGAAGGUGAGCGGGACGCACCGGGACGCACCGGGACUCUGGGAUCACUGCUCUGCACAGGGACGCACAGAAUCAGGUCCUGAGGGCGACCAGGCUUCAUCAUUAUGGAAGAAAAUGCUCGCCGAGACCCAGAGGACUCCAUCCGAGGCGAGGAGUCCAACCGGGCCAUCCUGCCUCUCCUCCAGCCUCCUGGAAACCAGCAGUCCCACAGGAUCACCAACUUCUACAUCGACAACAUUUUAAGACCGGACUUCGGCCGAAAGAGGAAGGACGGGACUUUGGUCCGGGACAGGGACGGUCUGGGAGUGAUCCUGCGGAGAGAGGAGCUGACGGGGAGAAAGGCUCCAAAAACUGGCAACCCGCAGCAGGGUGGAGCAGGAGGCGAGGUGGAGGAGGAGGAGGAGGAGGAGGAAGAGGAGGAAGAAGAGGAGGACACGGGAGCAUCCGACGACCAGCAUCCGGACCCCGAGGCCAGGAGGCCUGACCUGAGAGUCGGUGAUGCGGCUGUGAAGGGCCGAGCGAGCGGCGGGGACCGCUGCCUCAGCCCCCAGGCCAGCGCGGCCCCUGGAGCCAAGCCGAUGCUGUGGCCGGCCUGGGUUUAUUGUACCCGCUACUCAGACCGUCCGUCCUCAGGGCCCAGAUCCCGCAAACCAAAGAAGGCCCCGACCCCGAGUAAGGAGGACAAGCGGCCCCGGACGGCCUUCACGGCGGAGCAGCUGCAGCGGCUAAAAACUGAGUUCCAGAACAACCGGUACCUGACCGAGCAGCGGAGGCAGAGUCUGGCCCGGGACCUCGGCCUCAACGAGUCCCAGAUCAAAAUCUGGUUUCAGAACAAACGGGCCAAGAUCAAGAAGGCCUCCGGGAACAAGAACUCUCUGGCGCUGCACCUGAUGGCGCAGGGGCUGUACAACCACGCCGCGUCCAAGGACGGCAAGUCGGACAGCGACUAGAGGAGGCCCGGGGGGAGGAGUGGAGGAGGGGGGGUCCCGAACCAUGCAAUAAAACCACUUCAGUACCAGCAUUCAUAUUUAAAACCAGACCAGAGACGAUUUUGGUUUGUCUUCAGUGUGUGUGUGUGUGUGUGUGUGUGUGUGUGUGUGUGCAGUUUACGUGUCUUCAGGGCUUUAGUGCCGACGACGUCUGAUCCGGGUCAAAGAUGGUGCUGCGUUCACGUGUCAGUCAGAGGUGUAGGCCUGGACCCGGCCUCGGUGUUCACGCAGACCUCAGUCACAUGUUCACAGAGCGACGCGACCUGAACUGGUUCAGAUCCAGAUCCAGAUUAAUUCAAUUAAGAUGCAUUGAUAAAAAAAAAUCAACAAUAUUUGAUCACUUUCCCGCCAAACAAAAAGAGCAGGCCGAACUCUAGACCUGACCUUUUUAGAGGCGGGAAAAGUCAACAACAUCUAAGGUCACGCGCACUAUAGCCCUACGUGUGUGUAUGUGUGUGUGUGUGUGUGUGUGUGU